AUGGAGGAUGACGGGUGGCAGACUGUGCGCUACGGCAGACGCAGGAAGCGCACCCGUUCACCAUACUGGGGCGGGUAUCAGGGGUCUGGGCGGGGAAUGGCCAGAGCAUUCACCUCCUCCUCAGGGAGGGGGUAUCUGAACCCUUCCCCUAACCCUAACCCUAACCCCUUCAGGGGACGGGAUCAGUUCCCCUUCCCUAACCCUAACCCUAACCCUCUAUUCAACCAGGAUGCCCAGUGGCAUCAUGGGGAGAAGAUGAAGUUGUUGCUGUUGUUGCUGCUGAUGGAGCAAACUGCAACUCAGCAGAGAGGUCUGUUUCCCGCCAUCUUGAACCUGGCCAGUAAUGCAGUGAUCAGCAGUAAUGCCACAUGUGGAGAACCAGAACCUGAGGUCUAUUGUAAACUCGUCGAACACGUUCCAGGACGAAGAAUCAAGAACCCACACUGUCCAAAAUGUGAUGCCAACUCCAUCCUGUCCAAAGAACGUCAUCCAAUCACAAACGCCAUUGAUGGGACAAAUCAGUGGUGGCAGAGUCCAAGUAUCAAGAAUGGACGACAGUUCCACUGGAUCACCAUUACACUGGACCUCAAGCAGAUUUUUCAAGUUGCCUACAUCAUCAUCAAGGCAGCUAACUCUCCACGCCCAGGUAACUGGAUCCUGGAACGCUCUCUGGACGGUGUGACCUUUGACCCCUGGCAAUUUUACGCCAUCAGUGAUUCUGAGUGUUUGACACGUUACAACAUCACACCGAGACUCGGACCUCCAACCUACAAAAGCGACACAGAGGUCAUCUGUACGUCUUACUACUCGAGACUAAACCCACUGGAGCAUGGAGAGAUCCACACCUCUCUGAUCAAUGGACGACCCAGUGCCGAUGAUUUGAACCCUGACCUCCUGAACUUCACGUCAGCUCGUUACAUCAGACUGAGACUUCAGCGAAUCAGAACUCUGAACGCCGACCUGAUGACACUGAGCGCCCGUGACCCUCGAGAGAUCGACCCCAUCGUCACCCGGAGGUAUUAUUACUCCAUCAAAGACAUCUCUGUGGGCGGGAUGUGUAUCUGUUAUGGACACGCUCAGAGCUGCCCACUAGACCCCGUUACCAAGAAGCUGCAGUGUGUGUGUGAACACAACACCUGUGGAGAAAGCUGUAACAAGUGUUGCACCGGUUACCACCAGCAGCCAUGGCAACCAGGAACUGUCUCUGAGGGAAACACAUGUGAAAAAUGUAACUGUCACAACAAAGCCAUCGACUGUUUCUACAAUCAAACCGUCUCUGAGCUCUUUCUGAGUCUGAACUUGCACGGCGUACGGCAGGGGGGAGGAGUUUGUAUCGACUGUCAACAAAACACAUUUGGCAUCAACUGUGAGAUGUGCAGAGAUGGAUUCUACAGACAUGCUGAGGUCUCUCCAUAUUCAGACUCUCCCUGUGUCGAGUGUGACUGUGAUCUGAGAGGAUCGAAGUCUUCAGUCUGUUCCAGAGAUGACACAGACAGCAAUAAAGACGAGUUCUCUGACGUGUGUGUGUAUUCAGGUAUGUCUGCAGGUCAGUGUGUGUGUCAUGAGGGCUUCACUGGUCGACGGUGUGAUCGUUGUGCGUUUGGAUACAGAGAUUUUCCUCAGUGUCUUCGCUGUGAGUGUGACCUUUCAGGCAGCAUCAACACCGACCCCUGCAGCCCCUGCACCUGCAAGAUGAACGUGAUGGGAGCUCACUGUGAUCUGUGUAAACCAGGUUUUUACAACCUGCAGGAGAAAAAUCCACUUGGCUGCACUGACUGCUUUUGUUUUGGUGUGUCUGACGUCUGCGAGAGCUCCACCUGGUCCACAGCUCAGGUGUUUCAUACAGAUGCUUGGCUCCGCCCCUCUCAGGCUCUCCACACACCCCCUAUUAUCCAUGGCAAUGACCUCCCUAUUCCCGGCAACACCUCAUCUGGACACACCCAUCAACAUGUGCUGUCGUGGGCAGCCCCUGCUAGUUUCCUCGGCAACAAGCUGCAGUCUUACGGAGGUUACCUGAACUACUCAGUGGUCUAUGACGUCCCAUUGGACAACAAAUACCAUUCUCUCCCCAUCCGUUCUGACAUUAUCAUUGAGGGUAAUGGGAAGGCUCUUCGUCUCUCACCUCUUUUCCUCCUCUUCCUCUCUCCGCUGUCCGAGCGCUUCGUUGCCAUGGCAAUGGUUCCACAGCAGUUUGUGGAUGAUCAGACAGGUGUUAAAGUGAACCGCGAUGACCUGCUGUCAGUCCUCACUGACAUGACAUCACUGAGGGUCAGAGUUCACCUAAAUGCCUCUGCUGAAGGGCCAAUACGACUCAGUUCAGUAUCUCUGGAUGUUGCUGACUCUGGAUCCGCGUCUGGGGUUCAGGCAGUUGCCGUGGAGACAUGUGAAUGUCCAUGGGGCUAUAGUGGCACUUCCUGUGAGGCGUGUCUCCCAGGUUUUUAUAGAGUGGGAGGAGUCUUGUUUGGAGGAAACUGUAUGCAAUGUGAGUGUAAUGAUCACGCCACUGAGUGCGACAUCAACGGAGUUUGUUUGGGUUGUACCCACAAUACCACAGGUCCUCACUGCAAUCAGUGUCUCCCUGGUUUCUAUGGCGACUCAACUGAGGGGACAGCAGAUGACUGUCUGUUGUGUCCGUGUCCUCUGACGGAGCCGUCCAACAGUUUCAGUCCCACCUGUUUGCUGGAGGCACCUGGUCACGUGUCAUGUAACCAGUGUCAGGACGGAUACACAGGGACCAACUGUGAGAGGUGUGCCAGUGGUUACUAUGGUAACCCACAGGUGGUGGGUGGAGCCUGUGUUCUCUGUGAGUGCAACGACAACGUGGAUAUCAGCAAGGCGGGACACUGUGAUACCGUCACCGGGGAGUGUCUGAGUUGCCUCGGCAACACAGCUGGGAGACACUGUGAGGUCUGUCAGUCUGGUUACUAUGGAGACGCCGUGCACACUAAGGACUGCCGGGAAUGUGGUUGUGAUGACAACGGCGCCCUCUCCAGUGUGUGUGAUGUCACAACAGGUCAGUGUUCCUGUAGAGAAAACGUGACGGGACGCACCUGUGACCGUUGCCAGUCGGGGUUCUUCGGGCUGCAGAGUGGGCGGGGCUGUCAGGUCUGCGGCUGCUACCAAUCUGGAUCUGUUUCUGAGUCAUGUGAUGACAAGGGCCACUGCCAAUGUGUGGAGGGUGUGGGUGGACACAAGUGUGACCACUGUAGUCGUGGCUACUAUGGAUUCCAUGGCAGUGGCUGCACAGCAUGCACCUGUGAUCACACGGGUGGGAACUGUGACCCUGAGAAUGGAGAGUGCACCUGCCCUGCCCACACAGAGGGAGACACCUGCAACAGGUGCAAAGCAGGUUACUGGGGUCACAACCAAACUACAGGCUGCAAGCCUUGCAGCUGCAGCAUGGCAGGAAGCUCCACCCCUCAGUGUGAUCUAACCAAUGGACAGUGUCGCUGCAGAGAUGGGUUCUCUGGCAGGUCAUGUGAACUGUGUGCACCUGGUUACCAUGAUUACCCUACAUGCUCAGCGUGUGGCUGUGACAUAGCAGGAACAGAUGAGAAGUUCUGCAACACAACACUGGGAGUGUGUGACUGUCGAGACACUGGAAAGUGUGUGUGCAAGGUGGGUGUGACGGGGCAGCGUUGUGAGGAGUGUGUCUCUGGUUGGUUCGGUUUGUCAGCUGUGAAUCCAGACGGCUGCUCUCAGUGUUUCUGUUCAGGACUGAGCCAAGAAUGUGAAGAGCAGGGAGGACUCAGAAGAGUACCUAUCAUCCUGGCUCACACUCCCGCUCUAUUGUCAUUGGUUAGUCAGUCUAACCUGCAAGGUGUAGUAUCUGGAGUUUACCAUCAGGGCGGCGACAUGCUGCUCGACACCCGUCAGCUCAACAGCAGCAGGCUGGCCGGCCCACUCUACUGGAGACUGCCCCCCCAGUUUGAAGGCAGCCAGCUCCUGUCAUAUGGUGGCCUGUUAUCUUACAUCAUCACCUUCUAUGCCGAGGAUGGUUUGGGGCUGUCCAAUCAGGAGGCUCAGGUGCUGAUGAGAGGCGGGACUCUGAGGAAGCUUGUUAUAUACACUGAUAUGGUCGCCCCUAGCAACGGCAUCAGGACUCAGCAUGACAUCAGGAUGACCGAGCAUAAAUGGAAGUAUUUUAACUCAGUGUCUGAGAAGGCGGUGAGUCACGCUGACUUCAUGUCCAUCCUCAGUAAUGUCCAAUAUAUCAUCAUUAAGGCUUCAUAUGGGACCAGACUGCAACAGAGCAGAAUCUCUAAUAUUACAAUGGAGACGGCUAUGGAGGCAGAGUUAGAGGAGGGAUCAGAAGUCAGAGGAGGCGUGGCCAGACUGAUUGAGUCCUGCGUCUGUCCACCUGGAUACACAGGACUGUCAUGUCAGGAGUGCGCAGAAGGAUAUUUCCGUCAGCCUCAGUCUGAGUUGUUGCCUCAAAGUCAGAAGUCAAUGUUUGUUCGUCCGUGUGUUCGAUGUCGCUGCAACAACCACAGUGAAAGCUGUGACACAGAGACUGGAGACUGUCAGGAUUGUCAGCACCACACCAGUGGGCGGAGCUGUGAGUUGUGUACCCCGGGGUACUAUGGGAAUGUCAGUGGCUCUAUCAGUGACUGUUCACUGUGUGCCUGCCCCCUACAGGACAACAGUUUCAGUCCCACCUGUGUGCCGGAGGGAGCAUCUGGUGAUUUUCGCUGCAUCGCCUGUCAGACAGGGUACGAGGGGAGAUACUGUGAGAGGUGUUCUGUUGGUUACCAUGGUAACCCCUCAUUGCCCGACGGGAGGUGUUCACAGUGUAACUGCAGUGAGUGGGGGUCCCACCACCCACUGUGUGACACACUGAAUGGACAGUGUGAGUGUAAGGCUGGGGUCAAAGGUCAAACAUGUGACCAGUGUGACAAGAGACAUGUUCUGCAGGGAGGAGAGUGUGUGUCAUGUGACAAUGACUGCACCGGCAUUCUGCUGGACGACCUGGACAAACUGCAAAUUCAUUUCAUGUCUGUCAACCUGAGCAGCACUGCCAUGGCACCGUAUCGCCAGCUGGUGCUGCUAGAGAACCAGACCAGAGACAUCCUGGUGGUGUCUUCAGAAAACAGCUCUGUCACUUUCCAUCUGUCCAAAGUGGAAGACGAGUUAAAUCAUUUGACCUCUGAACUCAGUGCUUUACUGCAGCAGUUCACAAGUCUGUCUAAUGACCUGGAGAAAGUGGACAUGUCCGCCAACAACAGCCUUUCCCAGGGUGCAGUGCUACUGGGGAGUAUCCGCAGUAUUCAAGACAACAUUCAAGUGCUGCAGAGGGAGGCAGUGCAUCUGAACCAGACCACAGAACAGGAGUUUGAAUCAGCCAAGCAGACGCGUAUGCUGGAGGGGGUGGAGUUCAUGUUGGUAACCAUGAGAGAUGUCAAUCUAACAGCCGCCAACACUGCAGCCAAUCAGGAGCUCAGUCUGUCAGAGUCUCUCAUCCACUCACUGCAGGUGGACUUCCUGUCCAGCAGGGUGAUGGCUGACAACAGGCUUCACCUCAUCUCCACCUCUUUCACUGCCGCCACAGAAACGCUGCGAAACGCACAAACACACCUGAAUGACGCUGCACAACAAAACACUCAAACACACACUCUGCUGGACACUACACAAACUCUGCUGCACCAACACCAGCAGGUGGAGGUGCUGGGCGGUCAGUUGGAUCAGUGGCACCCCCUGUUGAGGAAACAGGUGGACAGUUUGGUUGGUGGACUGAAGAUGACAGACGCUCUGGAAAAUGUUUACCGUGCAGAGAGUCACGCCCACCUGCUGCAGAGCCAUGCCCAUUCCCUGCACAGCUCUCUGUCGUCAGUGUGUAACAUGUCUCAGAAUGGCAGCAGAUUGGUUCAGCUUGACAGUGACAUCACAGAGCGAGUUGACUCUGCCCAGCAGGUGGCCUCGAUCACCCACGUCUCCGCUUCCCUCGCUCACAACUUGACUGUCCAAUCAGAGCAGCUGCUGUCAGAGGAGGGCGGAGCCAAACUGAACAUCAGCUCUGCUGUUUUACAAGAAAGUCAACGAAUCAACAAGACAGCUGAAGAUCUGCAUCUGAAUGUCUCUAUGGUAACCAGCAGACUGGGAUUGGUCAAAGAGAGCAUCCGUAACUCGAGCUUCCUCCUCCAUCAGCCAAUCAAAGAGCUGCAGAGCCUCUCUAAUGGUUCCUCUUUGUUAUUGCAGCAGGCUCAGCAUCAAGCUGCAGCAGCGCACUCUGGCCUGCAGGCGGCACUGCUGCAACUGCAGAGACUCAGAGAUCAGCUGCAGGAUUCUUCUUCUGAGGUGGAAAACACCAACACCACAGUGAGGGAGACUAACCAGCUGGUGACUCAAACACACGCUGCAGCUAAUGAGGCGCAGCGUAAGCUUGAGGAGGCGGAGCAUCGUACAGAGCGUCUGAUGGAGCGCAUAAAGCCGCUGAGCAUGCUGGGAGAAACACUGAGCAGGAACCUGUCUGACAUCAGAGAGCUGAUUGAUCAGGCCCGAAGACAGGCCGCAUCGAUAAAGGUGGCAGUGCAGGCGGACAGAAACUGUGUUCGAUCAUACAGACCACAGGUUCAGUCCAGUAACUUCAACACUCUGAGUCUGAUCCUGAAGACGACCAGUCCAGACAACCUGCUGUUCUACCUGGGCAGCAACUCCACGGUGGACUACCUGGCCGUAGAGAUGUAUGCUGGGAAGGUGUCUCUGGUCUGGGAUGUGGGUUCAGGCAGCACCAGACUGGACUUUCCUGGACUGGACAUCACCAACAACAGGUGGACCAGAAUCAAUGCGACACGGUUUGGGGCCCAUGUCUCUCUGUCAGUCCAUCAGCUGGAGUCAGAGUUGGCUCCAUUGCCCACGGUCAGGGCAACAUCACCAGGGUCAUCCCGAGUUUUAGACAUCAACAGAAACACAGUGAUCCACAUUGGAGGAAUGGGAGGUCACACUCAGAAGUUUGCGGUGCUUAGGUCCUCCACCUUUCAGGGCUGUCUGGGUGAAGCUUCACUCAAUGAGAGAAACAUCGGACUGUGGAACUAUGACAGCAAAGAGGGAGAGUGUGGAGGCUGCUUCAGCAGUCCCCAGGCAGAGGAGACUUCUUUCCACUUUGAUGGAUCUGGAUUCUCAUUAGUCCAGAAGUCUCUGCGUGCAACCUCGACCUCCAUCGUCCUGCUGUUUAAAACUCUGUCGCCGGGUGGAUUACUGCUUUAUCUGGCCUCCAACAACACUAGAGACUUCCUGUCCAUGGAGCUGGUAGAGGGGCAUGUCCGGCUGACCUUUGACCUUGGUUCAGGUGCUCUGAUCCUGACCUCCAACAGGAAGUACAACACCGGGGUGUGGUAUAAGAUCACUCUGCAGAGAAACAAACGCAAAGGUUACUUGUCCAUCAUGGCUGCUGACCAAUCAUCAGAGAAGGAGGUGCUGGAGGCAGAGUCUCCUGGGAUGGCCUCUGACCUGAACCGCUCUGACCUCGACCCCAUCUACAUUGGAGGACUUCCUGCCUCAAGACCAAUCAGGCGACAGGUGGUGUCCAGGUCAUACAUCGGCUGUAUAAAGAAUGUGGAGAUUGCUCGGUCCAACUUCGACCUGCUGAGGGACGCAUACGGAGUCAGGAAGGGCUGCGUCCUGGAGGCAGUGCGGAGUGUGUCAGUGCUGGAUGAAGGCUUCGUUCAGAUCACUCCUCCAGCGUUCAGUCAGGAGGCAGAGAUUCUCCUCUCCUUCUCCUCCAACAACCAAUCAGGAGUCCUGCUGGCAACCUUCAGUGACGACCGCUCGCUCAGACAGCACUUCCUGUCUGUUCACCUGGUCUCAGGUACGUUGGAGGCAGAGCUUGGUGAGGUAGGUGGAGCCACUCGGAGGGUGAUGGUGAUGAAACCUGACAGAGGAUCCUUUUGUGACGGAGAAAAACAUUCUGUGAUUAUCACCAUCAACAGGAAGUCUCUGUCCCUGCAGGUGGACGAGGAUCACUUGAAAUCUGUACCUCUGUUGCCGGGCGGAUUUCCUCAUUCAUCUCCAGCCUCCUUCUUCAUUGGCGGGUUGCCCUCAGGGGGGGAGUUGCGUCUACCAAUCAGAUUACAGCAUUUAUCCAGGUGGUUCAGAGGCUGCAUCCAACACCUGGUGGUGGGUGGAGCACUUAUCGACCUAUCAGGAGCUGUGAAGUAUGAGGGGGUCGAGCUUGACAGCUGCCUGUUGGAGGAAAGGGUUGGGGGGGCAGUGCUUCCUGAUGACCAAGAUGUAGAACCAACUCCUGACCCUGCCAACCUGCCCAUAGCCCCACCAACACAACUCAGCGCCCUCACACCUGGAGUACUAACGUGUGUGUCGGAGUCAGAGCCAAGUUUCCUGCCAUCAGCUGUUCAGUUUGGUUCAUCCAAACACAGUCACAUGACCUUCAUCAUCAACCCCAAUACUGUCAGGAAGAGUGUUUCAGUGAAGAUGUUGAUUCGAAGCCGGGCUCUGGACGGGUUGAUCCUCCUCCUCUCUGACUCCAAACACAUGGACUUCAUCGUCCUCAGACUGAUGGGUGGGAGACUGUCGAUGUCAGCUGACAUGGGGAAAGGCCCUGCCUCCAUCACCUCAUCUGUAAUCAUCAGUGAUGGAGAAUGGCACACUGUGAGUGCUGAGGUCAGCCGGCGGGUGGUGUCCGUCAUGGUCGACACUUCCAGUCCGGACUCUGUGACAGUUAAAGGAAACCAGCUGGACGUGGACAACAGACUUUACCUGGGCGGUCUGCCACACACACACUCCACCAGGAGAAUCAAUGUGAGCAGCAGUUUUCCAGGUUGUGUUCGCUCUGUCAGUCUGAACGGAGCCAUGUUGGAUCUGACCAAGCCGGCCUCGCAGCAUGAUGUCACUUCCUGUUUCAUCAAAGACCAGACUGGAAGCUACUUUAACGGCAGUGGCUACGCUGUCCUCAUGCAUGAUGGGUAUAAAGUCGGCUCAGAUGUGUCAGUGACUCUAGAGUUUCGAACAAGCCAAUCAGAGGGAGUGUUUCUGGGAAUCAGCAGUGCAAAGGUCGACGCCAUCGGAAUUGAGAUGAUCAGUGGACAGGUGGUGUUUCAUGUGAACAACGGGGCAGGGCGAGUGUCGGUGCGUUCAGUUGGUCAGGUGUUGUGUGAUGGACAGUGGCACCACCUGCUGGCCAGAAAAACUAAACACACCCUGAGUUUGAGUGUGGAUGGGCGGAGUUACACCAUCCCCAAUCCAUACCCACAAUCCACCUCUGCUGAGACCAAUAACCCUGUUUACCUUGGAGGUUAUCCAGAUGGAGUUAAACAGAACUGCCUGUCGAUCAGCUCCAGGUUUAGAGGUUGUCUGAGGAACCUGAAGCUCAUUAAGUCUCACCUGAGUGAUGCUCUCGACCUGAGCUCUGCCCACGUCCUGUUAGGUGUCACACCUAACUCGUGUCCUGUUGCCUUGCAACACCCAACCUGGCUGUGAUUGGUGCACCAACAGUCUGGACAGAUGAACUGAUUCUAAUAUUGAUAAUUGAUUGUGG